GGUUUGAUGAAAUCGUGGUGGGAUCCAGGAAUCGGCGGGGGGUUUCGAAUCAAGGGGGAUCGGGAUGAGGGAAGGAAUCAGAGAGGGGAUAAUGGAGGAUUUUUUCAGGAUCUCAAUGGGAUAAGGGAAGAUCGAAGGAAGGGAAACAUCAAGAUACAAGAGAUAGCGAUAUCAAGGGGAUAUUGGCUUCCGAUUCCAAUCAGAAGUAAUACGAGAUUGAUGGGAUACCAAGGGUCAGUUAUUGGGAUCAUUGGGUGAAACAAGGAUGGGCGAAGGGACUCGCAAGAGGUUAAAAAUCACGGUUGCUCAUUUCGACAACUCUGACUUGAUCAAAUCUUGUUCCAAGAUACUGAUGGGGAGGUGCAUGAACCCACCUGCACAGGAGAUGAAGGCUUUGCUUUCAAACCUACCGAAGAUUUGGAAGCUUGAGGAUCGUGUGGUUGGGAAAGAUCUGGGUCUUGGUAAAUUCCAGUUCGAGUUUGAGAACGAGGAAGACAUUGAAGGUGUGCUCAAGUUCCAGCCAUAUCAUUUUGAUUUCUGGAUGAUAGCUUUGGCGAAAUGGCAACCAAAGAGGUCAUUGAAUUACCCAUCUGAAAUUCCAUUCUGGGUUCGGGUUCUGGGGGUUUCUAAGGAGUUUAGGACAGCACCAAAUUUUGAAAGCAUAGGCGAUGCUAUUGGUAGGGUGAUCGAGGUGGACCUAGACCUGAUGCGAGUAUUGGUAGUGGUGGACGCCUUCAAGGAGCUAUGUUUCGAGACUUCUGUUGAUUUCAAGGGUGGUGAGUUCUAUGAUGGGGAGGAAGUUCCUAUCUUAUUGCGGUACGAGAAACUAUUCGGCUACUGUGAAUUCUGUGGGAGCCUUUGUCACCAUAAAGGGAUAUGCCCAACGACAAAAGGUUUCAAACAGGUUCCAGAGAGGAAAAUGGAGGCUAUUGAAGGUAACGGGGGAUGGCAUGAAGGUCAUAAGUAUGACGACCGGGCUAGAAGCUACAAAGGCGUCGUGCUUCAUGGGAAUGGAACUCAACAGAAUCGAGAGAGAGACUCGAGGGAGUACACUGGUAAGGGUAAGGGAAAGAUGAUUGAUGAUACUAAAUCCAAAUGGGUGAGAAUGGCAGACAAGAGUAACAGGAAACCCUCUGGAACCAAAGUAAACAACAGAGGAGAAGGAGAGGUGUCGAACCAUAAGUCCCCUCGUCGGGAAGACACACGCUCACACGAUCAAGAGGGGAAAAAAGAUGGGUCACUAGGUCGCAUCAUUGCAAACCAGACUCAGCUGGGGGCACAGGAGGAUGAGAAGGAGGAGGGAGAGAUCAGGAUUGAGGAUAAUGGUAACAUGUCACUUCCUUCGAAGGAGUUUCAAGAACAGUUGGCUAAAACACAGGCGGUUGGUACUGAAGUUGUUUCAGACCCAACUGAUGCAGUGCAGGGUCUUAAGCAACUCCAGGGGCUAGUAGAGGGUAACUUGAAGAUAGGGGAGGAGGAGAUGAUGGAGUGGGAUGAUCUCGAUGCAGAAGAUGAUCUCCCAGAGCCGACGGAGGAAGAGCUGGCAGCCAUGAGUUUAGAAUUGGAGGAACAUGCGGCUCUUGGUGACAUUGACGAUACUGAAGCACCACUGGUGGUCGUGGAAGAGAAAGGGCAACAGGUAGAAGAGGAGGCAAUGAAACAGGUAACAAAGAAGAGGCUCUUUAAAAACACGGUGAGUACUGCAGCGAGCUCCAAAAUGAGAAGUGCCAAAGCUCUUGCAUCUCCUCGUAAGAAGGUGCCAGCUCGUCCAGGAAAUCGAGCAGGAGAUAAGUAUCAGCAGGAGACUAAGGUUGCAUCAAACCUGCUUGCUGUCCAUCAAAAACCAUAGGUCUAUGGAUCAAGGGUUUUAUUUUUAUUUAGUGUCUGAUAAACAGGAUGGGGAUCUUGUUGUGGGGUGGUCUUUGUUUUUAAUAAGCUCCAUGAGCAUUUGUUUUUAUGUUGGGUUAUAUGGUCUUAGUACCUAUGUUUCGGGUGUUGUAGUGUCUUUAUGUUUCUAUGGCUGUUUACUUGUUCAAGUCAAGCAAUGGAAUAAUAUUGGGGUUUUGAGGUA